AUGGAACGGAUUCUAAGUGCUGCAGCGUUAGUGCUCUGGUUGGGGGUGAUCGUGCUGAAAUUUCAAUCCGCCCUGGCUGUUGGGAAACUGUGCUACGAAGAGGAAAAAGUGCCCAAGUUGGUAGAAAACAGAAGUCCGCUCAUGCUUUAUGGUGAAACCUCUUACUAUUGCAUGUUCACCGAGCACUCCAUCCGUGUUCCGGUGCUAACGGAUCAACUAAACUGUUCCCUUAAUUAUGAGGUUCACAAGAAGCCAACCUGUUGCGAAGGAUAUCAUUCAGUCGGUUCCGAGUGUCUGCCAACGUGUCGCUUGAAGUGCAUCUUCGGUGAAUGUAUAGCACCGGAUACGUGCGAGUGCUACAGUGGUUAUCGGAGUGUAGGUGAUCAUCGCUGUGAACCGGUCUGCGAGACGCCCUGUGAGAAUGGUCAAUGUGUAGCCCCAAACGUGUGUCUUUGUGAAGAAGGCUACGAGCGGGAUGGCGCUACUGGGCUGUGUCGCCGGAAGUGCGACCGGGCAUGCCGAUUUGGCCGCUGCGUGGACGAUAUCUGCCAGUGCGAUGAAGGCUACCGUCCGGACCCUUCCGAUGGGAAUAUAUGUGUACCGCAGUGCGCUGAACAGUGCCAGCACGGAACGUGCAUUCUACCGAAUGUAUGCCAGUGUGAGGCUGGAUACGCACCGUCCACAAAGUCCAACUUUACCUGUCUACCUGUUUGCGCGGAUGGAUGCUACAACGGGAACUGCAUCGCUCCAAACGAAUGCGUUUGUCAUGAGGGCUACGAGCUGGACGAAGAGAACCGGUGUGCUCCCGUAUGUCAGAAACCUUGCCCCGGUGGCCAGUGUGUGGCACCUGGUCGAUGCAGCUGUCCCGAGGGCUUUAGUCCUAGCGAGGAACUUGGGCAUGCUUGUGUGCCGAGCUGUACGGAACCAUGCCAAAAUGGCGAUUGUGUAGCGAUUGAUACCUGCAUGUGCCACCGGAACUACAGGGUGCGCAACGAGAGCACACCACACAUCUGCGAGCCGGAAUGUCCAGCUGGAUGUGGGAAUGGUCGAUGUACCGGACCGGGGGUAUGCCAAUGUAACGAUGGGUUCCAGUACAACGAAACCAUCGGUAUCUGUCAGCCAUACUGUUCGGAGCCGUGUGCAAAUGGGGUGUGCAUCGGUGGCAAUCAGUGCCAGUGCUAUGAAGGUUAUGAGCUGGAUCCGAAGACAUCGGGCACCUGUGUACCAAAGUGUUCCAAGCCGUGCGUUCAUGGAUUGUGUGUCGCACCAGGCGUCUGUGAAUGUAAAAAAGGUUACGUGAAAAGCGAAAACAGCCGGAACGUGUGCGAGCCCAAGUGCUCGAACGGAUGCUCCAAUGGUCGCUGCGUUGCUCCGGAUCACUGCGAGUGCCUGAAGGGUUAUUUCGCUACGACCAACUCAAUAAACUCAAAAUCCUCCAUCUGCACACCGUACUGUCGCAACAAGUGCGUCAACGCGUACUGUAUUCGGCCUAAUGUUUGUCAAUGUCUGGCCGGCCAUCGGUUCGCCGAGUACAGUACCAACGUGUGCGAACCGAUUUGUGAUGAGCAGGUCGUGGAUUGUACGCAUGGACGCUGCACGCAGCCUAAUGUUUGUGAGUGUGGCGAUGGCUACACCCUUGGUAUCCGCGAGGGCAAGAUGAUCUGUGAACCGGUGGCCUGUGGUGAACGGUGCGUCAAUGGGUACUGCGUCGAGGAAGGGCGCUGCGAAUGUCAUCCAGGAUACAGACGCUCCGAUCACUUCGACACAAUCUGUGAGCCGGUCUGUUCGGCUGACUGCCAGAACGGAGUUUGUAUUGCACCGAAUCGGUGUGUCUGCGGUGACGGUUUUCAGCACGAUCCUGAAACGGGACGUUGCGAGCCAGUCUGUGAUCCACAGGUGAUCGAUUGCACAAAUGGCGAAUGUCUCGGAUCCGAUCGCUGCCAGUGUCACGAUGGGUACUACCUGUCAUUCCCAUCGGUCGGUGGACCAGCGAAGUGUGCACCUCUCUGCGAUGGUAACUGCGGUGCUGGUCGCUGUGUGGCACCGGGCGAGUGUCUGUGCGAUGAUGGUUAUGAGUACAGCGUGGAGACAAGACAAUGCGUACCUAGUUGCACUCCAGAAUGCAUCAAUGCGGACUGUCGAGAACCGAAUGUCUGCCACUGCCACGAAGGAUACGUUCUGGAUGAAAACGAAUUUGGCGAAGUGACGUCUACACACGAAUGUGUUCCAUACUGUAAUCCGGACAUCGUCAACUGCACUUACGGGAUCUGUGGCGCUCCCAACUUUUGCCGUUGUUUCGAUGGUUACUACCCAACGCUGGAUGAAGCGACGGGCAUACAGACGUGCGAACUGUUGCCUGAACCAGUCGAAUGUAGUAAGGACGUGAUCAUCUACGAGGUUGAGAACCAGACGAAGGAGUGUGUCUGUGAAGAGAAGGCCGCAUGUCCCGUCCUUAGCUGUCCGGUAGUUCGUCCGCCCGAACCUCCUGUAUGCAACGUCACUUGUCCUACAUUGGUACUUUCAUCAACACCAUGUCCGAAGGUCGUCUGUCCUACUAUUCCUCCAACGAAACCUACCGCAAGAAGUACACCGGCAACGUGCCCACCGGCACAAGCCUGUCCCGAGAAAAUCUGUCCUACGCCGACACCAAUCGUGUGCCCCACGACUUCCGAGCCACCGGUAGACGAACCUGCAGUAUGUGACGAGCUGUACGUGAAUUGUGCGAACGGGGAUUGCAUCGAGAAUAAUGUUUGCUCCUGCCACCCAGGCUAUGAGCUUGCGGUCACUCCGGAAUCGAUUGUCUACUGCCGGCCGGUGUGUAGUCAAGACUGUACCAACGGUAUCUGUACCGACCCGGAAGUGUGUGUCUGUUUGCCGGGCUACAGCGAAACGCUCGAUGGGCGGUGUGAGGCUUACUGUGAUGAGACUUGCCCUAUCGGAGCAUACUGUGCCGAACCGAACGUCUGCCGUUGUAUGGAAGGCUAUACGGAGGACUUGACGGGAACCUGCCAUCGCGACUGUCAACCUGCCUGUAUCGAUGGCAACUGUCUCAACGGACGCUGCUACUGUGAGGAAGGAUUCCUUCUGCGCAACGACCACAUCUGUCUGGCCAUUGAGCGAACACAUGAAACGAAUCGUAUCUUGCAGCGUCUAUCCGAUGAUGACGAUGUUUAUGAUGAUGGCUGGACGGAACAGGAUCACACCGAACCACAGCAGGAUUGUAACGAAGGGUUUCGCUUCGUUCCGGAGACUAGAGAAUGUAUCUGUGAAUCGGGCGUAAUUACUGCACAGCGAGCUUGUGUAGUUCUACCAUCGGUUGAGAGUGUGGAGCUACUCGAUCAGAGUACCGAUUUGGGGCACACUGAGUCGAUCGCAGAGUUGAAGGAGGCUUCCGGUAGCACUGUCCCGGUUGCUAGCGUGGCAACACUGAUUACUCUACUGAUGCUGAUGCUCGGUGUGCUGUGGUGA